AUGAAGAUUGAGGUUCUUCAUCGAUCAGUCCGCAUAUGUGAAUCUGCAAAGGAUAUCGUCAAGACUGGUGAAUUGCUCCAUAUAAAUGACCCUGAGUGCUACUACAUCAGAGGCGCUUUUAUGGUAAGGAAAGUCGACCUGAGGGCUUAUUCUGAUGUAACCAGGGGACAAAAAUCACCUCAAGUGGUCAGAGGGAUCUUCACCGAGUUGCAGGAAGGAUCGCAGCUGCCAUAUAAAUCAAAUGGAAAAGACAGAUUCCCAGCUUCCGAGUUUAAAAGUUUUAUGUUUCAGAUUAGUUUUGGAACGAAUGUCAUGUGA